ACCAGAAUGCCAAAACAUAUUCAUCCACUAGAGUUGAAGGGUACUUCUAGAAAACUGAUCUGGUUGGUUCCAUAUUCCCAAGCUUGCCCAAAGGUGAUAAUUUCUGAAACUUAGAUAUUGGUCUCCACAGAUCAACAUCCUGAAUAAGCUUAUGUAAGUGACAAGUGACACGAGUCAAAUAGGAGCCUUGCCACUCACCUUCCUAAAUGCCGACCAAAACAAAGACGCCCGCCAUGUGUUUGACCUAAUGCUCCAAUCACUUAAAGCAAAAUGUCUAUGGGGGGCAUGUGGCCAAGCGGGAGUCUCAAUGGAAAAAGGAUUAUUAUAAUGAAAUGAGACAGAUUAAAAAUCUUCCAUUCAUCGAGAAAGAGAGAUGGAAAUCAUGGAGGAUGUGGUGAUAGUUGGUGCAGGCAUAGCAGGGCUAGCCACUGCAGUGGCCUUGAAGAGAGUUGGGGUUCGAUCUUUGGUAUUAGAGAGAUCAGAAGGGCUACGAGCCACAGGUGCAGCCUUAACCCUCUUUCCAAAUGCUUGGUUGGCUCUUGAUGCUCUUGGCGUUUCUCAGAAGCUCACUUCCCUUUAUAAUCCUAUCCAAAGAGGAUGUACAACCAACGUGGUUACUGGAGCUGUUUAUAACAACGUCUUGACUGGAAUCAACGGACCGAGAUCAGUCCAUCGCAAAGCUCUAUUAGAGGCUCUAGCAGAAGAAUUGCCUGCUGAUUCAAUUCGGUUUUCUUCUAAUUUCACUGCCAUUGAAGAGCAAGAACAAGGAGGUUCUUCCAUUGUUGUUGUACAUUUGGAAGAUGGAACUACUAUCAAAUCAAAGGUUUUGAUAGGGUGUGAUGGGGUGCACUCAGUCGUAGCAAAUCGGCUAGGACUUUCCGCACCUAUCCACUCAGGUAGAUCAGCAGUGCGUGGAUUGGCUAUUUUCCCACAAGGCCACGGAUUUAAUGAUGAGGCCAAGCAGUUUCUUAAUGCAGGCAAAAGGGCAGGUUUGAUCCCUCUAAAUGAAAAGGAGAUUUACUGGUUCUUAACCGGCCUUGAAGGAGAAAACAUGGUCAGGGAGCCAGAACAAAUACAGAAAGAAAUCAUAAACAAGUAUGCGAAAGAUUUUCCAUCUAUAUAUCUAGACGUGGUGCAACAUUCUGAUCUUUCAACAUUAUCGUGGGCCCCAUUAAUAUUAAGACAGCCAUGGAAUGUGAUAUUUGGAAAUCUAAGCAAAGGAAACAUCACAGUUGCUGGUGAUGCAAUGCACCCAAUGACACCUGAUUUAGGCCAAGGUGGUUGUUCAGCACUAGAAGAUGCUGUCGUUUUAGGCAGGCACAUUGGAGAAUCAUGCAUAAGAAAUAAUGGUAGGCUUGUUUCAAAUGACAUGGCUGGAGCCAUAAAUGGGUAUGUUAGAGAAAGGAGGUGGAGAGUAGCUGGUUUGAUCACUGGCUCAUAUUUAUCUGGAUGGAUUCAACAAGGUGGGUCUCAAUGGUGGAUGAAAUUUUUAAGAGAUGCUGUAUUUCUUAGGUUCUUAUUGCCCAAGGUCUUUAAUCUUGCUCAUUCUUAUGAUUGUGGGACUCUGCCUAAUUUCUCUGCCUCAAUUAACCUGCAAUCUUCGUCUAAUAAAACAGACUAGAUUGUGGUUUGUUUAACGCUGACAGUGAGGUGAGAGCUGCGCCAAAUCGAUGUAAACUUAACUUUGAAUAUUAGAUAUGACCUUAAAAUAACAAGGGAAGGUUGGCAAGUGAGCUGAUGUAUUAUGAUUUGUCAUUACUUGUACUUUACUCUUUAAUAAUUGAACUUAACUUUGUAAUUUUCUGUUUUUUAAUUGAUUUGAAUGGAUAAAUUAUAAGAAAAUUGUUGUGAUCUA